AUUUGACUUAUAGGUCCUCUUUUGCCCAUGGACAGUCAUUUGGAGAGGCAAAAGGAAAUAACUAUCUAAUGCAGUGUCUUUUUAGAGAACAUAUAAAACAAUGGAAUUCCGCUCUGAUUUAGAAAAUUUGGACGAAGAUGGGUAUACUCAAUUAGACUUCACCUCUAGAGGCAUCACCAGAAGACCUGUGAAAGGUGAUCAGAAGGCUUCUCCUCCUUGGCGGCUGAUUGCUGUGACAAUCAGUGUUAUCUGCUUGAUAACACUGGUGAUAGCUGUAGUUCUGGGUGUCCUAGCAUUUAGGAGAUCCAAUUCAGGCAGCGACCCAUUGGAAAGAGAGAACUUUACAUUAAGAAAUAAAGAGAAUCACAGUCAACCCACAAAAUCAUCUUUAGAAGAGAAUGUGGCUCCUACCAAGACUCUCAAAACCACAGGACUCUUUUCUAGCCCGUGUCCCCCUAAGUGGAUCAUACAUGAGAAGAGCUGUUAUCUAUUUAGCAUGUCACUAGAUUCCUGGCAAAGAAGUAAGAUCCGAUGCUCUCAGCUGGGCUCUCAUCUCCUGAAGAUAGACAGCUCAAGUGAAUUGGAUUUUAUAGAAAGCCAAGUGUCUUCCCAACCUGAUCAUUCAUUUUGGAUAGGGCUCUCUCGCCAUCAGAGUGAAGAACCAUGGCACUGGGAGGAUGGAUCCACCUUCUCUUCUAAUUUGUUUCAAAUAAGAAGCACAGCUACCCAGGAAAAUUUACUUCACAAUUGUGGAUGGAUUCAUGUGUCCACUGUUUAUGACCAAUACUGUUAUGUGACCUCAUUCAGUAUCUGUGAGAAGAAGCUGUCGAAGUAAGGGGGAGGAGAAGUAAUCAAAGGAGAUAAGUAUAUGAGACUGUAUGGAUGGCAAAAACAGAAGAGUGAUAUUUGAGGUAUAAAUAGAUGCUGAAAAUGUUAAAAGUGCAUGGCAAACUUAAAUCUCAGCUGAGAAAUAGGAUAUAGAGGCUGUGAUUUCUGUACUUGUCAGCUCCAUAGGGAGGCCAAUCUUAUGCUAGUGAACACAGUCCUACUCAUGGAGUCAGGGCAGCUAAGCUUGAAUUUUUGUUCUACCAUUGCUAAGCCACAAGUCCUUGGUGAUUUCAAAGGAAUCUUCAUUUUUGGCUCUACCAGAAUGUUAUUAUUAUUAUUAUUUUAUCCUCAAAAAGUUCCAAUGAGGGCUGGGGUUGUGGCUCAGUGGUAGAGCAC